GUCUAAAAGUAGACAAUCUUUCUUUCUUUCUUUCUUUCCAGUAUAUUGAUUCUGCUAAUUUGGAACCGGUUACAUUACAAGAAGAACCAGUACGAUACCACGAAGCUUGGCAGAGGCUUUGCAGUGCUGAUGGAGUUUUGGUUCCAGGUGGUUUUGGUGUUCGAGGCACAGAAGGAAAAAUCCAAGCCAUUUCUUGGGCAAGAAAGCAGAAGAAACCUUUCCUAGGAGUCUGUCUGGGAAUGCAGUUGGCUGUUGUGGAGUUUGCCCGCAAUAUCCUUGGCUGGCAAGAUGCCAACUCUACCGAAUUUGACCCUAAAACUACACAUCCAGUGGUAAUUGACAUGCCGGAACACAAUCCAGGUCAAAUGGGUGGAACCAUGAGGCUGGGCAAGAGAAGAACCAUCUUCCAAACCAAGAACUCAGUCAUGAGAAAACUGUAUGGAGAUGGUGAUUACUUGGAAGAAAGGCACAGACACAGAUUUGAGGUAAAUCCAGAGCUGAAAAACUCGUUUGAAGAGAAAGGUAUGAAGUUUGUGGGCCAGGAUGUGGAAGGAGAGCGAAUGGAAGUGGUUGAGUUGGAAGAACAUCCAUUUUUUGUGGGGGUUCAGUAUCACCCAGAAUUCCUCUCCAGACCCAUAAAACCCUCUCCUCCUUACUUUGGCCUCCUCCUGGCCUCCGCAGGAAAACUCUCACAUUAUCUCCAGAAAGGUUGCAGACUCUCUCCCAGGGAUACCUAUAGUGACAGAAGUGGAAGUAGUUCCCCUGAUUCUGAGAUCACAGAACUGAAAUUUACUGCAGAGAAUCAUGAGUAAACUGCUGGUGUUUGGAAAUUCUUCACUGGACAGCCAUACGUCCUGAGGAUUUUGUAGAUCAUGUUAUUAUAAUUGUUUUUAUUUUUGGAGGACAUCUUGUCGUUACUUUUAUUUUUAUUUUUUAAAAAAGAAAGUAUUCCGAGAAACUGGCAGUGCUGCUUUAGUUGUGCUCAACUGUGAACAAAGUGCAGAAGCUGAGGGAGGGGAAGAGACAUUUUGUUUGAACAGGCCAUUGUAAAUGCUCGCAGAAGAGGCCGCGCAGAAUCUCUGUUCAGGAUUUUGAUGCUUCUCCAUUGUUGGGAGGGUAGAUUAUAUUGUCGGCAUCUCAGUGGAAAGUCGUGCAAGGCAGGCCAUCGCAAGCUUCUAAGGCAGAAGUUUUCAAACUUGGCAGCUUUAAGACUUGUGGACUUCAACUCCCAGAAUUCUCCAGCCAGCAUGGCUGGAGAAUUCUGGGAGUUGAAGUCCACAAGUCUUAAAGCUGCCAAGUUUGGGGAUCCCUAUUCUAAAGUAUUCUAAAACAAACUGGUGCUACACUUAACAUUGCUUAACCUUUCCGAAGAGUAUAAUUUUCCUGUUCACGAGAUACAGUGUAUUCUGAUGCUAAGCAAAUCUGGCCACACAUUCAAAGAUGUUUCAAAAAUGUGAGUGGGUCAAUUCCCCCCCGUGCGCCCCAUUUUACGCAUUCACCAGAGGAGCAUGGCUUCCUUUAGUUCAGCUUCCUGAACUGAUUCGAUUCCUUGCAUCAAGGGGGGGGGGGGGUGAGGGGUGGGGGAGGGUGUGCACGUGUAUGAAAAAGUGACUUUUCAGAAGUUGCCUUUUUGCACUCUCAUUGAGAGCUUCGCCUUGGACUAGAAAGAAGCACCGAGGGUCUUAUUUUUCGAAGACCACCCUGUGCAGAACGAAGAGCUCCUGUUGGCGUAUGAGGCUGUCCCAGGCACCUGUUUUUUUUUACAAGGGGAAGUAUGCCUCCAGGGACACGCAGAUGCAGCCGUAGGAGAGUGAAAGGAUGAGCCUGCAAAGGGGGGCGGGGGGGUUGGUUUGAAGGAAAACAUGGUUUACGAUCUUUUCCCAGUGCAGGUUAUCAACUACGUUUUCCAGCAAGUUAGGUGAAACAGUGUGUUAGUGCAAAUAGAUUGGAUGUACAGAUCCUUUUCAGUUCAUUAAAACUUUGGGAAAGCAA